AUGCCUCCGCCGUCUGGUGCAGGCUUUGCGCAGUUCUUCCCGGCGGCGCCCAGAGCGGCCCGGGAUCGUGCGACCGCGAUGGAACGCGAGCGCGCCAAAUUGCGCGCUGCCGAGCAGUCGUCAUUCACUCGCGAUGGCCCAGAAGCGUCGGCAUCGGCAGCGGCGUUGGCGGUGGCGAAAUCCGGUUUGAACGGCCUCGCCGCCUCGGUCCAGCCGCCAUCAUACACCACAGACGACAGCGAAUCGCUGUUGGGCGAUGCGAGCACUUCGACGUCUGCGACAUUCAACGGAAACGGCCGCACAUUCGGCUCGUCCAAAGCCCCAUCUACCAGCAGCAGCACGGGUGCCAGCAGCUACCUCACCCCCCUCACAACCGAUAGCUCGCCCUCCUACCCUGGGACAGCCCUACAGCCGGGCGCCUCGCAACAGCAGCAACAGGUUGAUCUGCUUAAUGAGCAGACGUCCUCCAAGCCGACAGCAACACCCCCGACGCUGAUUCCGACAUCUCUCCAGCAGCCGACUCACCCCGACACCACUCCUCCACACUCUCUCCGCGUCGCGUCCGAACGCGUACCUGCCCGAGACCCAGGCCGUGCUGUCAAGGGCAUAUCGUGUGCCUAUGACCCCCUCUUGCCCGACGACAAACAUCUGUCCUCGACCAUUGAGCUGAAACGGAAGGGAAAGGCCGUGUACGUGGAGUUUGGAAUGGAAGAUGAUGUCCCCCCUGAGGAUCCCCGCCUCGCCAAAAGCGGUCGGCUGAACUACAUCAACGUGGACUUCCACCUCGCUCGAGCCCGGCUGCGCCAUGCGCCAUAUGACCUGCGACCGUACGCGUACGAUGCCCGGACGUCUCUUGGACCCGGUCCACCGACCCAGGUUCUGGUGACGGGCUUCAACCCGCUGGUGCCGUUUACCAAGGUGAUUGCCAUGUUUGCAUCUCUGGGCGAGAUCGCGGAGAGCAGCAACAAGAUGCACCCUGAGACCGGCAGCUAUCUCGGCUUCGGCACCUUUCGGUACCGCGAUGCCAAGCCGAAUCGGUUCCGUCCUGGCGGCAUCGCGGCCAUUGACGCCGCUCGACGCGCAGUUCGCAAUCUGAACGGCACCCGGAUCGAGGGCAAUGCAAUCCGGGUCGAAUACGACCCUGAGGGCAAGAAGAGCAGCCGCCUGCUGGAGGAGACUCUGCGCCGCGACAAGGAGAAGAACAGUGUAGCUGGUCCAGCUAUGCCAGUCGUAAAUGCCGGCACGAGAAUACCUACUGCGCCUCGAGGCCUCAGUGGUGGUGUUGUCCCCGGACCCCCACCAACGGCUCCCAAGGGGCCUGCUGCGCUUCGCAUGCAGCAGACGGCCGUGGCUAACAAUCCGGCUGCUGCUGGUGUCCUGAAGAGUGCCACCGGUACCAUGGCGGUCACGCCCGGCACGAUGGGUGUUGCAGGCGCCCAUCAGCUGCCACGAGGCCCGGCUAUGCGGCCGAUGGCCGGCAUGGCACCUGGACUGAGCAUCGAGGCGACUCCUAUAGCGGUCCAGCUCGAGCACACGCCUUUCAUCUUUGUCAGCUCGGAGCACGUGCCGGUAGUGUUCAAGACGAUUGCACAUAUGAAGAAGAGACUCAAGACGCAUCAGUUUCAGGAUAUCCGGGCUGAUCGGUCUGGCUACUUCAUCGUUUUCCGGGACAGCUCGUCUGGUCGAUUGGAGGCAGAACGGUGCUUCCAGGCCGCCCACCGCACGUCAUUCUUUACGUACGAACUGGUCAUGAAACUGUAUGCACGAGGCUAUUCGUCCGACCAGACGGAAGAGUCCGGUGCGGCAGCUACUUCGGCCGUGACUCCGGCUCCCGGCCAAAAUCAAAAUCAAAAUCAAAAUCAAAACCAAAACCAAAACCAGGGCCACAAACGAAUUCACAGCCUUGUGGUAGAGAAGACAGAGGCGCAGCUGCUGCGCGAUGAGCAGGCACAGAUGCGUCGAGACGAAGAGGUUGAUCUGGAGGAAGAGAAAAAGCAGAGGGCCAAGAACUUUGACCCGGUCAAGGCGGCCAUCAACUCGGUCAAGGUUGAGCUGGUCGAGCACCUUAUCCGGCACAUCCGGGCCCACGUGGCAGCACCGUCUCUGUUCACAUACUUGGACCCGGCGAACCACGUGGCGAAGAGGCGGCGGCUGAACAUUGGCGGUCCCGAGGCGCCGCGGCUCUCGGCUAUCCUGUUUGACGAAGACGAUGGCGAGGAGCGACGCCGAAAGCCGUCACCGAUCAGCACGCCGAACUCCAGGGCCGAUCCGAUCGAGCGGCGCACUGGCCGGCUGGACGUCACAUCUCUGCCGCGGAUCCGCAAGGCGAAGGGCGCGACGAAUCUGGCGGCUGUGCGGAAGCAGAGCCUGUUCGACCCGUUUGCACGACAACGCACGCGGCCACCAACGACGCGCGGCGCGUUCCGGUCACUGCACCACCGGCUGAAGGCCGACAGCGACGAGGAUUCGGAAGACGAUACGGAAGCACGGUUCCCGCUCGUACGCGACACCGAGGAGCCGGAGUCGCGGGAGUCAGAUGGCGAGCGCGAUGCCGAGGACGAGGAGGACGAGGAGGAGGAGGACCGGGUGGCAAAGAAGCCGUGGGGGCCGGAAGAAGAUUCGAUGACGGAGUCGAGCUUCUCGCUAGUGCGCGAUGCGUCCGAAGCACGAACCGAGGUCGAGGCGCCGCUAAAGGUGGCAGUCAAGAAGCGCAAGCUGGACCUGCACAUGUCUUCUGCGCUCAAGCGGCAGAAGAGGAGCGACGAGGAGCUGUUUGACGUCGCUCUGGGUGCGGGCGAGACCAAGUUCCCGCUGACCGACGCGCUCUACGUCGGCGGCGACGACGACGCGCAGUCUGUGCUACCGGCGGCGGCUGACAUUGUGACCACGGCAUCGUCCACGCUGGCAGCCGAGGUGCUGUCAGACGAGGGCGGCGAGAAGAAGAAAAAGGCCGGUCGGAAGGCAAAGAAGACGAAGAAGCAGCUGUUCGAGGAGCGGAAGGCACUGCGGCAACAACAAGAAGAAGAGGCGGAACAAGCAGCCGUCGGGAAGGAGGACGAGACGCCGGAUCCGGAAGCUGCAGUAGAGCCGGCAGCUGUGGCUGCGCCGACAAAAAUGGAGACCAAGGCCAGAGGACGGGCUGGAAAGACGGCAGCGGCGACGACAGCGACGAGCCAGCCGAAGAUGACUGCUGCAGCCGACGACAAGCAAGCACCUGGCGACGAGGCGGUGGACAGAAGAGCGCCGUUCAACCCGGUUCUGUUUGCCCACGCGCCGACACGAGCUCUGCUGAUGCCGGAGGCAUUCCGGCCGAGCCUAGAGAUGAUCCGGAUGCUAGGGUUGCACAGAAGCGACCUGCCGAACGGCGAGAAGCUGGCGAAGCGGUUUGGUGACAGCAACGCGAGCUGCGAAACGAGCAGCGAUGCGGAACUGUGGUUGUGGCGACACGAGCGGUUGACGCAGCUGAAUGCCGAAGAGGUGCCGCUGCCGGCAGCGGUGACAGCAACAACAACAGCAACGAGCGGGCGCAAGGGAACGACAGCAGCGAUACCAGCGUUGAUCGGGGCGACAGAGGCUGAGCGACGACCCCGGAUCGAAGGCUAUUAUGUGCCGAAUGCGACGGGAUGUGCACGAACGGAAGGCGUGAAGAAGAUUCUCAACUCGGAGAAGUCCAAGUAUCUGCCGCACCAUCUGAAGGUGAAGCGGGCACGCGAGGAACGCGAGGCCAAGGCGGGAAAGGCAGGCAAAGCGGCUGCAGUCGCAGCAGCCAAGGUCGCGACGGAGAGCUCGGCAACCGGUCGGGGAACGUCGCGGGCCAACCGGGUGAACCAGCGGCGGUAUGUGGCGGACCUCAACGACCAGAAGCGGACGCUGGGCCAGGAUGCAGACGCGCUCCGGUUCAACCAGUUGAAGAAACGCAAGAAGACGGUCAAGUUUGCACGGUCGGCGAUCCACAACUGGGGACUAUAUGCGAUGGAGAGCAUUCCCAAGGACGAUAUGAUUAUCGAAUAUGUUGGCCAAGAGGUGCGGCAGUCGGUGGCGACGAUCCGCGAAAAGGCGUACAUCCGCGCGGGCAUCGGCAGCAGCUAUCUGUUCCGCAUCGACGACGGCACCGUCAUCGAUGCCACCAAGAAGGGCGGCAUCGCUCGUUUCAUCAACCACAGCUGCAUGCCGAACUGCACAGCCAAGAUCAUCAAGGUCGAGGGUAGCAAGCGGAUCGUGAUCUAUGCGCUGCGAGACAUUGGACAGAACGAGGAGUUGACAUACGACUACAAGUUCGAGCCCGAGGACAAUCCCGAAGACCGGGUGCCCUGUCUCUGCGGCACGACCGCCUGCAAGGGCUUCCUCAACUGA